UUUGCUUGUGUUUUUCAAGACAGUGUACAAAAUAAAUAAAAAAAAAACAAUAUUGCAACUCUUCAAGCAGCCCAAUCAAACAACACACGAUCCACACCCCCAACACCCCCAACUCCCCCAGGCAGCGCAGUAGCUUUUAAGCUGCGCAGCCAUGCUAGUGUCCGGACUUAAAUGGCGUCCACAAUAAUCACAGCACAGAGCAGCACAGGCGGCCCCGUCGAUCCAGCAUCGACAGCUAGCAGCGCCAGCAGCAAUCCAUUGCCAGCAAUCACAGCAACAGUUGCCUCCGCUACGGCCGAGCUGCACAAUACGCAUCUCAAUCAGUUGAGCAGUCUCAGUCAGCAUUAUACGACGCCCUAUCACCAUCAUCAUCACUAUCAGCAACAGCAACAGCAACUGCAACAGCAGCAGCAGCAACAACUGCAGCAGCAACAGCACCAACAUCAGCAUCUGCAGCAUCAGCAACACUAUCAGCAGCAGCAACAACAGCAGCCGUUAACGGAGCCACAACAGUCUCAACACUGGGACUACUAUGCACGUCAGCAACCAGUGGCGCCCGCCAACAACAACAACAACAACAACAGCAACAGCAACAACGGCAGCAGCAAUACAAACAGCAACAGCAACGUUAACGGCAGCAAUAGUAGCGACAACAAUAAUACAAAUGUUGCCACACCUUUGGGCAGCAACAGCAGCAAUGCUAAUGGCCCUCCUACUGCUGCCAGUGGCCAUGCCCACAGUGGCCACGCCCACAGCAAUCAUCACGUCCAUGAUACAACAAAUGCCGUUGCUGCUGCCGCCGCCGCCGCCGCCGCUGCAGUCACAGUAGGCACCAACGGCAACGGUUCCAACCCCAAUUCGAAUUCAAACUCCAACGGCAGCUAUACACGUCCCUGGGAAAUGGAAUCCAAGGAUAGCCAGCAACAGCAAAUUCAGCAUCAGCCACACCAGCCGAAGAGCGGCUUUGAGCCCUUCUCAAAGCUGCCCUCAUUCCAGAGUCAAUUUCACGGCUACAACGAUCAAUUGCUGCCCGAUGGAACACCGAUGCCAAUGCCAAUACCAGCUGCAGCCGCAGCAGCAGCAGCAGCCGCAGCAGCAGCAGCAGCCGCCGCCGCCGCUGCUGCUGGCGCCGGAGCUGGGGCACUGCAAACGGUGGCCAUGUCUCCGGCCAGCAUCUCAGUCAGUUCGCCGGGCAUGAUGAGCGUCGGUUCACCGUUGACCCAGUUGCCGGGCAUGCAGACGAGCAUAACACCGCCAUCGGGCAGUUUUACACCGUUGGGUGCACCACCGCCGCCACCGAAUGCAUUUCAUCACAUGCACUCGCAUCAUCGUGGUGCCGCAGCAGCAGCAGCAGCUGCUGCUGGCUAUCCUCUGAUGCCGGCCGCGACUGCUGCAUUUGGUGAUCUGCAAUUGUAUCCGGGCUUUGGGCCUGCAUUGGGUAGCAAAAAGGAGGCAGCAGCGGCGGACUAUGACUUGCUGACGGGCAGCAUGCUGCUCAAGAAGGAUGACUUUGAUCUCAGUAGCAACAGCAACAGCAACAGCACACAUCUGCAGCAGCAUCAACAACAACAGCAGUUGCAGCAGCAGCAGCAGCAGUUGCAUGCUGGCCUGGGCGUGGCAGUUGGCAUGCAUACGCCAACAUCGUACGAUGGCAAUAACAGCAACAGUUUUCCACAUGCUGCCAGCAGCAGUGGCAGCCAUACGCCGCACACAACCCAACCGCUGACGCCGACGCCAACGACAACAACAACAGCAACGACGACACCAUUGAAGGCGGAGAAGCUGUUGCAGUCGCCGAUAGCGCGGCUGGAUGCACGCAAGAAGGAGCGACGGAAACAGCGGCCCAAUUCGCUAGAGUCCAGUGCCGAGAGUGAGGCCAGCGGCAUGGACGUGGAUCCCAGUGGCGGCAAUCCCGGACAGGUGGAUGCCGUUUCCAGCACGGCCAACUUUAAGAGUCCGCUCAGCGCACUCAUGGGCGAUAGCAACGAUGCAACGAAUGCCAAUGGAUGCGAUAAGCAGUCGAAAAAGAAGCGCAAACGCUGCGGCGAAUGCGUUGGAUGCCAGCGCAAGGAUAACUGCGGCGAAUGUGCCCCAUGCCGCAACGACAAGAGCCAUCAGAUCUGCAAGCAGCGUCGCUGCGAGAAGCUCACCGAGAAAAAGGAACCCAAAGCCAAGCCCAUCGUUUACGGUGCCGACGGUCAACCCGUUCGUCCAGAUGCAAAGCGCGGACGCGGCAAGGGCAAGUCAAGUGGCAAUGCGAGUGGCGCCGUUGUGAAUGCGACAGCCGUUGCCGCUGGCAAUGGAACGCCAACAACUGGGUCACGAGCCCGUAAAACCUCCACCAAAGCAAAUAAACUGAAUGCAGCCGCUGGUGCCAUUGCAGCCGCAUCAGCAACAUCACCACGUCUAAGUCCAGUGCCUGCAGCAACACUGUUGCCACAGCAAUCGCCAAAUACUACAACAGCAACAGUUGCCACAACGGGUGGCAGUUUGCAGCAGCAGCAGCAGUAUCAGCAGCAGCAACAGCUACAGCAGCAACUGCUGUCACAUCAACAACAGCAACAGCAGCAGCACUAUCAACAGCAGCCGCAGCAACAGCAGCACUUUCAGCAACAGCAGCACUUACAGCAGCAGCAACAGCAAACGCAACACCAUCAGCAGCAGCAGCAGCAGCACGCACAGCAACAGCAGCAGCAGCAGCAACAUCAGCAUUUGCAUCAGCAGCAGCAUCAAAUAACCGCACAAAUUCAAACCAUGAAGGAUCAACCGCAACAACCCAUGGCACCCAUGGCCUUCUAUCCGACGUGGCAGGCGGAUCCAUCGCAGGGCUGGCAGAAUCAGUUCAUACAGCAAAUACCACAGAAUACUCCAGCCAUCACAUCGCUCAACUCGUUGGAUUUCCAGACACAGUCCUACGCCUAUCCAUCAAAUGGCUACGUGCAGACGGGUCUCGGCUUCGAUCCCAACUACGGUCGCUCACCAUACGGUGCUCCGGUCCAACGUUACGACUUCCAGAGCCAACAGCUCUCCAGUGCGCCAAUCAAUCAAGUGGGUCUCCAAAGUGUUGCCGCUGGCUUUGCGCCCGGCGGCGUUAGUUAUGCCGGUCAAGUGUCCACAGCGCCGGCGCCACCUGCAGUCGGUCUGCAGCAGCAGCAGCAACAACAGCAGCAACAGCAGCAGCAACAGCAACAUCUUGGUGCUGAUCUGAACAAGAGCAUGUCGGGAAACGACACGCCUGGAUAUCCGCGGGUGAGCAGCGUGCCGCCGCGCUCACUCAACUGUAACGGGUAUCCAGGCGACUACAGCGGUUCUUCACAGCAACAACAACAACAACAGCAACAACAACAGACGACAACGGCAGCGCCCAGCGCUGCAGCCACACCCACAGCGGUGCCAGUUGCCGCUGGCACUGUGGUGGCCCAACCAGCCGGCUCACCAAUGCAAACACAGUCACAAACCGUGCCACCAUCACCAACGCGCAGUCUCAUUCAGCAGCAGCAGGUUCAACAGGUGCAGCAGCAGCAGCAGCAACAACAGCAGCAGCCACGCCUUGUUUCCCAGUCACCAAACCAAGUGCCGCCCUCGCCCAAUGGCAAUGGACUGCAGCCAUACGGCAGCAGCGUCCAACAGCAGACGCAUCCACAUCUUGGUUCACCGCCCAUGCAGGACUGGAACUGGAGCAACCAACAGCAACAGCAGCAGCAGCAACAGCCGCCGCCUGCUCAGCAGCAACAGCAACAGCAUCAGCACGCCAGUGAUGGUUAUGCGGCGCAGGGUGAACGCUUGCAUCUGAAUACUCGGAUCAAGUCCAUGAUAAUGCGCAAGAGUGACUCCAAGGAUGCGCCACCCGAUAUACAGCUGCAGGGUGCUCCGCCAGUGGCAGCCGCACAGCAGCAGCAACAACAACAGACCGGUCAUUUUUUAUCGUAUAGCCACCAUCUCCGGCCCGAGACGGCGCUGAGCGCCAACGGUUCGAGCAGCGUCACACCAACGUCCUUGGGCGUUGCCGAGCCAAUCGGAGGUGGUGGCGAUCACAUCUGGAAGCCGCAUCACGCCAACUCAUUUAAGAAGCCCAGCGUGGGCGGCAGCAGCAACUAUGCCGGCACAGAUCAUCAGUUGCAGCUGCAACUGCAGCAACACCAACCCGGACAGCACACAACCAUCAGUCAUGCCGAAGUCGCACCACCGCCCCCACCACAACCCAUACAGCAGCAGCAGCAGCAACAGCAGCCGCCGGUGCCUCCCCAGCCGCAGCCGAAGAAGUCGCGCAGUCGCAGCAAGGCGAGUCGUGCUGCAGCCGCUGCUGCAGAGGCAGCUGCUGCCGAAAUCGAGAGAGAUCGCAAUGCCAAUGAUCCGGGGGGUGGACUAAAAGCGCUGGGCGCACACUAUCCGCCACCGCCGGGUAGCAGUCAAGACUACCACGGGCAGUAUAUUAAAACGGAGCCGGGUCUGAUGCCGCCUGGCGGACAGCCCAAUAAAAUGGAGGGUUACGAGCGGAACUAUCAGAACUUUAUACAGUAUGCGGACUUCUGUCAGAACGAUGGUCAAGGUCAGCCAGUGCAACAGCAUCAACAUCAGCAGGACUAUGCUGGCUAUCAUCACAAUUCGGCGUAUUAUGGCGCCGGAGCAGGCAGCUUCCAGCAGAACUUCCAGCAGAGCUUUGUGCCCGGUUAUCAGGCAGCGGCUUAUGGCAGUCGCGGGAAGCCACCCUCGAAUGCAUCGCAUCAUGGACCACACGGCCAUGGGCAUGGUGGCAAUAGCAUGCUUGAGCUGGAAAGGAAACCGGACACGAAUAGCAUUAUACCACUGCCCACCAACUAUGAGAAGGAUAUACCGGCGCAUGCGUAUCCCAUUCCGGCGCAUCGUUAUGCACUCGGACAUGGUGGACCGCCGCCGCCGCCGCCCCACCUCAGUCACCAUGGCAUGCUGGAGCCGAAACUGGAGGAUAUGGGCAUGCUGGGACAUGGACAUGGUCAUAGUCAUGGCUAUCCCUAUCUGGGCGAAGGUAAGCCAAUCAACAAUGGCUUCUCGUGUUGUCGCCAAGGCGGCACCCGGCCUCCGACUGCAGAGCAUCUAAAGGAUGGCACCUGCUUGGGAUUGGGCAUAACGCCCAAGGAGGAACUACUGGAUGAGGAUGAGCUCGCUGAAGCGCACAACGGCAUCAAGGCCAAGUCGAAGAAGCAGAAACAAGACGAGAUACCCGAGAUAGUUGUAAAGCAUGAGAAAAUCAAUCCCAUGUUCGAUACAACGGAUCGUCUCGAAAAGGGCAACAAGACGGAAAUACCAGAAUGCGAAUGCUUCCAGUCCGACAAGAAUCCACCCGAACCGGGCACCUAUUACACACAUCUGGGCACAGCUUCCUCGCUGAUGGAGCUAAGACGCGAGUUUGAGGAUCGCUGCCAGCUAACGGGUCGUCAGUUGCGCAUCGAGAAGAUCGUCUACACAGGCAAAGAGGGCAAAACCACGCAGGGCUGCCCCGUGGCUAAGUGGGUGAUUCGUCGUGCCGAUCCCGAAGAGAAGAUACUGGUUGUGGUUAAAAAGCGACCCGGUCACAGAUGUAUUGCCGCUUACAUUGUGGUGUGCAUGGUGGCCUGGGAUGGAGUGCCGCGUCUGGAGGCGGACAAUGCCUACAAGAAUUUGAUACCCAAGCUCAACAAAUAUGGUUUACCCACCACGCGCCGUUGCGCCACCAAUGAGAAUCGCACCUGUGCCUGCCAAGGUCUGGAUCCGGAGACGUCUGGGGCGUCGUACAGCUUUGGAUGCAGUUGGUCCAUGUACUACAAUGGCUGCAAAUAUGCACGCUCCAAGACUGUGCGCAAGUUUCGGCUGUCUGUGAAGAGUGAAGAGGCAGCGAUCGAGGAUCACAUGAAUCUGAUAGCGACACUGCUGGCGCCGGUCUUUAAGCAAGUGUGUCCACGCUCCUAUGACAAUCAGACAAAGUACGAGCAUGAGGCAUCCGACUGCCGACUGGGCCUGGAGCCGGGUAAACCCUUCUCUGGUGUGACAGCCUGCUUGGACUUUUGUGCGCACUCGCAUCGCGAUCUGCACAACAUGCAGGAUGGCUGCACAGUCCAUGUGGCACUGUUGAAGCCCGGUAAUCGCGAUAGCCGCCUGCCCGACGACGAGCAGUUCCAUGUCCUGCCGCUCUACACGAUGGACGGCACGGACGAGUUCGAGAGCGUCGAGGGGCAGCGCGACAAGCAUCGCACCGGUGCCGUGCAAAUGCUGGACAAAUUCCCCUGCGAAGUACGCGUGCGUUCCACGCCGUUGAUACCUUGUCGCCGGCAUGGCAAAAAGCGUAAAGAGGAUGAGCCGGCAACGCCGGAUGGCGAGCAGGAUGCCGCCGCCGAUGGGAGCAGUCAAAGCUCCAGCAAUGGUGCCCAGCAAACGCAAUCGCAGCAGAGCAGUCCGCCCGCCCUUGCCAUCAAGAAGGAGAACGGUACUAGCAACAGCAACAGUAGCAACAGUAACAGUAACAGCAGCAACAGCAAAUCAAAGUCCAAGUCAAAGUCGAAUAACUCCAGCGCAUCCACACCUGGUUCAGCGCCGCCAACGACGCCAUCGCCACGUUGCCAGACGCCCGUCACCAACAAUCCCAGUCCGGCAGGCAGCGCAUUCAGUACGCCGCCAGUCAAUCAACACGGCGCCAAUCCCAACAACAACAACAACAGCAAUGUUGCAGGUGCUGCCGGUGCAGUAGCGCCACCUGGCGCCCAACCCAACCAACUGAUGAGCUCCAAUUCGAGCCUAAUGAACAUGGCCACGAUGAUCGAUACGUUCACGGACGCCCAACUGCAAUCGAAUCAGAUCUCUAGCACCGUGCUGGAUUCGCCCUAUUCCUACGACUACCAGACGGGCUCCUACAUUGAUUCGCGCAACUACUAUGGCAACUGGCCGCCACAUGCGAUGCAAAUGGCUGCUGGUACCGCUGCAUUGACGCCGACGACGCCGGCAGCGCCGCUGGUGCAACAUACGCAUACUGUGACGCCGCCAAUAGCAACGGCAGCAGCAGCCGGAGUAGCAUCAGCAAUUGCACCGAUUGCGCCCGUUGCGGCGCCCGCAGCAGCAGUUGCUCCUCCAGCUGGCACCGCUUUGCCGCCCGCCACGCCCAUUACAGUGACGCCAACGCCCGCGCAGCAUGAUGCCAGCAAUGGCUAUACGCCGAGCUAUAACAAUCUAACGUCACCAGCAUUGAGCGCACAACAACAGCAGCAGCAGCAGCAACAACAACAGCAGCAGCAACAGCAACAGCAGCAGCAACAACAACAGCAACAGCAGCAACAGCAGCAGCAGCAGCAGCAAAGUGGUGUCGACAUUUCUGCAGUUGUUGGUGGUGAGCUGAAGAGUCGCGUCAGCGAGGAGAAUCCCGACUCGACAACGCUUGUGAAUCACUCCUUGGUCGAGAGUAAGUUAACCGCUUUGACAGCCAUGCAACCCAUGACUAAUCUAGCACCACCACUUCAUCACCACCAUCAUCACCAUCAUCCGCAUACGCCAGAGGGUUUCGUCAAGCCAAAGCCACCGCCCAGUGAUUAUCAGUACUCGCAGUAUCCGAACAACUAUCAGAUGUAUCCUCCACCGCCGCCGCCGCCGCAUUCGGCAUACUCCGCCUACGAUGCCUAUCAGAAUAUGAACUACAACUAUGGGUAUCAUCAUCAGGCGUACUCACCGUAUGGCAUGUAUCCGCAGCAGACGCCGCCACCGACGCCGCCUCCGCCGUCGCCCAACUGGAAUGUCUAUGGACAUCAUCAGAGCUCCGGCGGAUAUGGACCCACGGCGGGAGCACCAACAGCGACAGGUGGCAGCAUGAUAGCCACACAUGGUAGCAUUCCGCCGACAGCAGCAGCGGCUCUUGUCAAACCUGUGUUGCCAACAGCGUUGCCACUGCAUCAACAGCAGCAACAACAGCAGCAGCAGCAACAACUACAACAGCAGCAGCAGCAUCAACAGCAACAACAGCAGCUGCAGCAGCAACAGUUGCCCGUAACACCGCCACAGACUAUUCUGCCAGAUUUGAGUAAUGGUCAACUGGCUGGGGAACCAAUUGUUACGCCCAUUGCAGCACCGAUAAUUGAAGCACCCCCGUUGGGCAUCAGCAGCAACAACAGUAAUAGCAGCAACAGCAGCGAUGCCAACGGCAACACAGCAGCAGCUGCUGCAGCUGCGGCUGCAGCUGUAGCUGGCAGUAAUACAACAACAACUGUGGCGCCCGCCAGCACCAAUUCGAGUAAAAUUGAACCCAUCGGUGAGGUGGCCGAAAUCAAUGAGAACAUCGAAGCGUUUCAGGAUCCACAAAUGGGCGGCGUUGCGAUCGCUCUGAAUCAUGGCAGUGUGCUGAUCGAGUGUGCCAAGCAUGAGAUGCAUGCAACGACAGCAGUGCGACGACCAGAUCGACAUACGCCGACUCGGAUGACACUGAUCUUCUACCAACAUCGCAAUUUGAAUCGUGCGCGGCACGGCAUCGAUGAAUGGGAGGAGAAGAUGCGCGUGAAGAAGAUCAACACGGACCUCGACAAUAAAGCCAAAGAGGAGCGCGAGCGUCUGCUAAAGAAGGCCGCCGGCGAUGAUGAUGACGAUGAGGAUAUGCAUGAUGAACAGCUGGCGACGGCGACAGCGGCGACGCCAGCGAUGCCCAGCAUUAAAAAGGAAAGCAAUGGUGGCAAUGCCAUCAAGAACGGCGCCAGUGGCAGUAAAAAGAAAAAGAGCGAUAACAGCAAGAAAUCGCAGGCGAACAACAACAAUAAUAACAAUAACAAUAACAACAACAACAGCAGCAGCAGUGAGCAGCCAAAAAACGAGAAAGUUGCCCUCCACGCACCAACACUAACAACAACGUCGUGGACAACCCUGUUUCCUAUGCACCCAUGUGUGGUUACGGGGCCCUAUCAGGAGGGCAAUAGCAGUCCGACAUCGUCCACGACUGGCAGCAACGCCAACAACAACGCCAAUGCCAACAACAACAACAACAACUGCAACAACAGCAACAGCAAUGCCCCACAGACGCCAACAGCAGCCGGGGGCGUGCCGCAGCCACCGCCGUCGCUGCCCACGCAGCAGCAAACCUGAGCGCCUAUCGUCACCAAAUGUGUGGUAACUACUACUAUUGGUAAUAGUCAAAGUAGUUGCUAUGGUUGUUAUUGCUGUUGUUGUUAUAGUUGUCGCUUAGCUCCUCAAUUGCUGUUUAGCUCAAAGCUUAAGCCGCAAACGACUGAAAUAUUCUCACAACAAUUAUUUUUGUAAAACGCAUCCUGAUUUCGUGUGCCAUACGAGGAGAGGAGGCGGACAGCAGCAGCAGCAGCAACAGCAGCAGCAACAGCAGCAGCAGCAGCGGGUGUCAGUUCCAGUCACCAUUCCAGCAUGCAGUAAUACACUACCAAAACUCCACUACAAACAAGCAAACACACUCACACACACACACACACUCCCUCUCUCACAUAUGCCUAGUUUAUACACUGGAAGAAAGAAAAACAAUCAAAUGCAGCUAGAUACAUAUAUAUAUAUAUGUAUUUAAAGAAAAACAAAACGAAAAAAAAACAAAACAAAUAUACUUUAGUUGAUUAAGCUAUAUAAGCAGCUAUAUUGUUGGCAAAUUUCUGUUAAAUGAGUUGAUAAUUUUCCUUAAUUUUUGUUCUCUUCUUCUGUUUAAGAAGCAAAACAGCAAACACACUAUAAAACAAACAAACAAACAAACUACAGAACAAAACACUAGAAUUCAAAAACAACAAAUUAAUAACUAAAACAAAAAAAUACCUAAUAAACAAAAUGCUAAAGAAAUGUUUGCUUGAGUUUCUAUCGUGAGCAAAAAAGUAAAAGAAAACAAAAUAAAAUAAAAACAAAUUAAGGUUAACAAAGAAAGCAAGCAAAAGCUAAAAGAAAAACUGUUAGUGGACGGAUACUCGUAAAAGAUCAUUGCCAAAAGUACAAAUAAACCAAUUUUUUAAAAAGCAAACUAGAAACAUCGUAAUACAAAAACAAACAAAACAAAAAACGUAAAGAAUUUCGCAAACAAGAAAACAAACAUAAUUAAAUAGUUGGUAACAAGUUUUUACAGAGACACACUGAAAUAGCACAUAAAAAAUACCUAUUUUAAAAUACUUUCUGUUCCCCGUUACUUUUACGAAUGCAACAAUUUGACUAUCUUUUGGGGCUGUUGCAUACUUUGCAGCGCCAAGCGAAUUCGAAUUGUCUGCCAGCAAAUGUUGCCAUUUUUGGGUGCAUUCCGAGCGACUUUCCCAUUCGAUGAUCGCCAUUUUGCACGCAAUAAAGCUGCAUUUGCCACAUUUGAUUUACCGUUAACUGCAAGUACACUUACAGAAUACACCCACACACACACACAAACACACAGAGAGCGUAUCAAAGGCAACCAACAAUAACAUAAAAGUAAAAAAAAAAACAAAUAAACAAAAACAAAAGCAAAGAAAAAUGAAAAAAAAAACAAAUUAAUUUUCCAUACUAACAUAUUUUGCAUGUAGUUGUAUGUGUGUGUCUGGCGAUUUGAACGCAUCGAGGGGGGCUGGGGUGGGCAGCAUUUUAAGCUAAGCAUACGUAAAAAGCACAUAAGUAAGCAUAAAACAUAACAAAUGAAGCAAAGAGUGAAUGGAAUGAUAGAAGAGCAGCGCGUAAAGCAUCAAGACAUUUUUUAAACAUUAUUCAUAAUUUAAGUUUAAGCAAAACGAAAAACAAAAAAAAACAAAAACAAAAUACAAAAAUACUACACACAUACAUAUAUAAAAAUAAAGAGCAAGAGAUGAAGUUUUAUUUAUUUAUGCGUGCCCCAACAAAAAAGGCAAAAUCCUUUUUUUUAUGAAAUGUGCUGUAAAUGUUAAAGCAAAUUCAAAGGAGAAAAAUAAAAAUGAAAAUCCCAAAAAAAAAAGAAAGACUCGAAACCAAGCAAGUAUUAAGUACACAAAAACAAACAACUAUAAAUGAACUAAAGAAAUAACAUUUUGCUUAAUCAUUUCACACAUGGAUUGUUGUAAAAAGCAAACUCAAUUAAUUUACAUCCAUCCAAAACAAAAAAAAAAACAAAAACAAAAAACAAAAUGGCAGC